AGGUUUCUGAAAUGGCAGUGCGUUGGGGUAUAGCAGGUGCAGGAAAGAUAUCUCAUGACUUUGUAACAGCCUUGGCUAGCUUACCUGCAGAAGAGCAUACUGUUGUCGGAAUAGCAGCACGUGAUCUCUCACGGGCUCAAACUUUUGCAAACAUUCACAAAAUUGAAAAUGCUUACGGAAAUUAUAAAGAUCUUGCCAAUGAUCCCAACGUCGAAAUUGUAUAUAUUGGGGUAUUAAAUCCACAACAUCUUGAGGUUGCCACGCUGAUGUUGAACAAUGGCAAGCACGUGCUGUGCGAGAAGCCUUUGACGUUGAACUUGAAACAAACCACAGAACUUAUUAAUCUGGCAAAGGCGAAGGGUUUAUUUUUGAUGGAAGCUGUCUGGAGUCGCUGUUUUCCAACGUACGAAUGGAUCAAAAAGGAAAUUGAUUCUGGAAAUUUGGGAGAAGUUAAACAAGUUAUCGUUUCUUUUGGAAUAUCAGCGCCAAGCAUUGACAGAUUAAUCAAAAACGAUCUCGGAGGAGGUGGUAUAUUAGAUUUGGGAGUUUACGUAUUACAAUUGACGUCGUUUGUGUACAAUGGCGAGAAACCAAUUUUAAUAAAAGCUGGUGGUCAUCUGAAUGAGGAUGGCAUUGAUAUUUCCAUGUCUGCGACACUUUUAUACAAAGAAGGUCGUACCGCAACGGUCAUGACACACUGCCACGUGGAGCUACCCAACGAAGCUGUUAUAAUAGGCACAAAGGGUACCUUGCGGGUACCUUUGUUCUGGUGCCCAACUGAAAUUGUGCUGCCAUCGGGUGAGACGAAGUCUAUCACCUUACCUGAGCCGAAACAUCCACUCUAUUUCACUAAUUCUGUUGGCCUCAGAUACGAAGCAAUGGAAGUCCGGCGAUGUCUUCGUGCUGGAUUAAAGGAGAGUCCCCUGGUUUCUCAUGAAGUGUCAUUGCUUCUCGCAGAACUAGAGGAUGAAAUACGUAGACAAAUAGGCGUAGUUUAUGCAGAGGAUUAACGAGUCAUCGAACUCAACAGACUACUGAUGUACAGCAGAUGGUAUUGCGUGCUUUCAAUUUUUUAUCAAACCACAUUGAAGAGUUAUAUUCACAUUUGUAUAUUAUGUAAUAAACAUAUACUUUUUAAACAGCAUAAACAAAUUUGUUUCAAAUCUAUUUACAGUGUAUGAUUAGAAAUGCAAUAUUACUCAAGGUAAAAUAAGAUAUUAUCCUUGUUUGCCAUGUUCAUUUUAUUUAUGUUACACUAAUAGUCUUAUUUGACUCAUCUUUAACGACAGCUUU